AUGCCCGCAAUCGCCGGGGGCUUGACCCCGCUGCACCGAUGGACACUCUCCGCCUCCGAUUCCCAGUUCAACGCCCUCUCAGGAGCCAUUGGCGGCUUCACGUCGGGUAUCGUUACUUGUCCUCUCGAUGUGAUCAAGACGAAGCUGCAGGCCCAGGGCGGCUUCACCCUGGUGGACAAGGGUCGACACGUCGGCCACCCCAAGCUGUAUAAUGGGCUGGUGGGAACAGCCAAGGUCAUCUUGCGCGAGGAGGGCAUUCGCGGACUGUACCGGGGUCUGGGGCCGAUUGUGCUCGGAUACCUGCCCACCUGGGCAGUGUGGUUCACCGUUUAUAACAAGAGCAAGAUGUUCUUGAAUCAGUACUAUGAAAACCCUCACCUCAUAAGCUUCUGGUCCUCCAUCAUUGCCGGCGCCAGCAGCACCAUUGCGACGAAUCCGAUAUGGGUCAUCAAGACUCGCCUCAUGUCACAGAGCAAUCCGAACACGGCUAGAGGCCAUCACGCGUUUGCUCGCCCUGGCAAUACCCCGACAGCGCGGCCGGUCAUGCACGACUGGCACUACAGGUCGACCAUUGAUGCGGCGAGGAAGAUGUAUACGUCGGAAGGCCUUUCCUCCUUUUACUCAGGCCUCACCCCGGCCCUUCUCGGCUUGACACACGUUGCCGUUCAGUUUCCCACGUAUGAAUUUCUCAAGACUACCUUCACCGGACAGGGCAUGGGCGAAGUACAGGAAGGCGAAAAGGCACACUGGGCAGGCAUCCUCUCGGCCUCCAUCUUGUCGAAAAUACUGGCCAGUAGCGCCACGUAUCCGCACGAGGUCAUUCGAACACGGCUGCAGACCCAGAGACGGCCGGUAGCUGGCGAGGCCUUUGUGGUGGAGAUGACGGCACCGGGAACUAAGCCGGCGUCCGGACCCAAGUAUAAGGGCGUCAUCAUGACUUGCCGGACUAUUCUCCACGAAGAAGGAUGGCGGGCCUUUUACGCCGGCAUGGGUACAAACAUGAUGCGAGCCGUUCCCGCUGCGACUGUCACGAUGCUCACAUACGAGUAUGUGAUGAGGGAGCUCAACAAGAAGAAGCUUCAAGCUCUGGAGAUCAAGCGGGCACUUCAGGAGGCUUCAUAA